AUGAUCCAGCAGUCCAUGAAUGCUGCUCAAAGGAAGUCAAGCAUUGAUCCUCCUCCUGCAAUCGCUGUUCCUGACUGGACAAAUGCCAUCAUGGGACCACCACCUGUCCCUCGCCGCCAUGCAGUCACUGGCCCGGAUGUAGCCAUCCCUACGUCUUGGCAGGGAUCAGCCGCAUCACUGAUACCAUUGAGGCUCACUGGUGCAGUCGGAUAUUCAUCACACCAUGGGUUAUAUGGCAGAGAACGUCUUAGAUGGGCCAAAGCUGCCUAUGCUACCCCUGGUGCUGUACUAGCAGCAGAAACCAUUUUGCUCAAAAUUUCAGCUGUCCAUGAAGUGGGCAUAAGAAAUCCAGAGGCCUACCAAUUGGAGUACGGUCUUCCCUAUUAUACUAAUAUUUGUGAAGGCAAGAAAGACAUUGAUGCUCCAGGUCUCAUCAGCCUCACUUUGGAGACAGUGCUACCUAAGCUAUGUGCUUUUGGUGGCAUGUUUUCAUGGCGCAAUGAAGAAUUCAUUGUGCGAGACUCAGGAUGGCCAGGCCGCAAAGGUCCUAAAGGUGCCAUCAAGGGCCCUACAUUCAAGACAAAGCAAUUCACGCUCAUGGUAGUUGUCCCAGAGCAUCAAUGGAAUGAGUUUGAAGACUGGCAAGAUAAUGAGACGCACCAGGGCCAGUCGAGCACUGGCACCACCCACAGCCGCAAGCAUCGCAUUCCCUUCCUCCAACUCAUGAAACACAGCCGCAAGUCUGCAAGUGUCACAUUCCCUUCAUCCAACUCACAAAACACAGCCACAAGCAUCGCACUCCCUUCAUCCAAUUCAGAACAAAUCACGUCUGCUGGUGGUGCAGCCCCAUCAUACUCGGCACAAUGCACAUCUCCCAGUGCUUCUGGCACAAUUUCACCCCCUCACAAGCUUCGGGUACCUCUCGCACUGUCUCCUGAUUGCAAUGACCUCAGGGAGGCCCUUAAGAUAGGUGGAGGCACUGACUUAAAUGUUAAACAAAUCUCCAAAUUUCAGAAUGAAAAUAUACAUUUUCACUCAAUCCCUACCCGACCCCUCCACAAGCUUCCAAGGUGUACCCACUAUCAUUCAUUCUCGGUGGACAAUACCAACUCAUCAGUCGGCUAUGCGACAAUUGACCCAUCCAUCGAAGGACGCAUUGGAAUAGGCGGAUUCAAAACAGCACACCAAGGCUGGUUGACAUUAACAGUGCCCCCUAGCUCGGGUCUGGGGUCACGGGCGAGUCACAACAUUGUUGUGAAACACCCAUUUCACAGAAUAUACCCCCAAGGUAUACCUACCUCUAGCACCAAUUACAGGAUUGGACACUUUGCACUAGUCGACGAGCUGCCUACGUUAUUCAGGGAGGCGAAUGUCCUGUACUGGGCAAAAGUGUUGUUAGGUCUCGUCUAUGAUUUCAUCAACUGCGCCAUUGCAGGCACACCUGAUCCUCCACCAUUCAAUAUUCCAUGUGUGCAGUUUGUUGAAGUGGGCCUCACGCUAUCUUAUUCUCAAGGUUUCCUUCUUGAGGAGGUCAUUGAUGGCGAAGAUUUUACAAAGUUCAUUCAUAAUAUGGAUCUGAACCUGUUACUUGACCCAGAACAGGAUGGGUAUGACUUUGUGCAGUUCUUGGCGUUCACACAACAUGUCCAGUACACGAAGAUGGGUGGGGUGGUCUUUAUAUCUGAUUAUCAAGGCAGCACAGAGCUACUGACUGAUCCCCAAAUAAUGAUGCACUCGUCUGUCAGCGAAGGGAAGGAUAUAUUCAGGGAGGGCAAUAUUGAAAAGGCCUGUCAGUGA